AUGAACAUACAACGGUUUAAAUAUCAUGUACUCGCAAAUUUUAAUAGAAUCAUUCGACAUCGUAAUGUACAAACACUCGCGGAUCUAUCAUGGGGUAGAAGAUUAACCGGAAAAGAUUUAGUAAAUCAAUGUGUAAUCCGGGAAGCUCAUAGAUUGCAAAUUUAUGAUCGGAAUAUAAUUGAUUUAACAACGAAUUUUAUUUGGAAUGAUUUAUCACCUUCGCGAAGGAAUCAUUUCAAUGGAAUUGCAAAUAAUGCAAAUAAUAUAAACCGGAAUCGUAUGUUAAGAAUUAAUUCGAUAGAUAACACUGACUCUCUUAAUCGAAUCGCUCAAAUCACUUAUCAACAAAUUACAAGUAAUUAUCUAGAACAAAAUUUUUACAACGGAACGAAUUUUAACGAUAAUAAUAGUUUCGAAUCCUCAAUUUUACCGUCUGGAUUUCAAUAA